UGCUCUACAAGACAAUCUUCUCAUCUGAACAUUGGUGCAUUCAGUGCUCAGUGAAGAAUGGGUGCAUUUGUGGUUGUUGCUCUGGCACUUUGGUGCUUCACAGGAGUCUUCGGGGACGAAGACAUUCAGGCAAACACGUUGGAUUGCAGCCAACACCUCCAGGCAACUGGUAAUGGACUAAUAAUCUGCCCAAGGAUGUAUUUUCCAAUCUGUGGUACAGAUGGUAACACUUAUCCCAAUGAAUGUGAACUGUGUCGCCAUAACCACGAAGAAAACAAACUAGUUGGUAAGAAGGAUGUUGGAGAAUGUGCAAAGAUGGAUUGCAGUGAAUUCAGGCAAGCGAAAGGACUCAUGCUCUGCCCCAAAAUGGCUAAACCAGUCUGCGGAACAGAUGACAACACUUAUGUCAGUAAAUGUGAUCUUUGUCGUCAAAACCUGGAAUCCAACAAGAAUGUGGCUGUGAAGUAUGGAGGUCAAUGUAUUCAGAUUCUGGACUAUUGUAAGAACUUUAGCCCAAAUGAUCUCAUGUGCCCAUUGAAUUAUAUGCCUCACUGCGGUUCCGAUGGAAAGAACUAUAGCAACCAGUGUGAUUUCUGCAUUCAUGCCCUGAAGAGCAAAGGGGCUCUGUUGCUCCAACAGUUUGGAAGCUGCUGAGAACUUGACAGAUUUCCAAGAGACCUGUUUGCCUUAUACUCUAAUAGCAAAUGUUGC